AUGCAAAUGUAUCGAGGAUUAAAUGUUGCCACUGCAAAAGCAACCGAGGAAGAGAGAGAAGGCGUUCCUCACCAUUUACUGGAUUUCGUGGAUCCUCGAAAAGAGAUCUCGAUUCACGAAUUUAAUAAACUCGCAAUGGAUAAGAUAUCCUUUCUUCUUAAUGCAAGUGGAAAAUUACCUAUUGUUGUCGGUGGAACGCAUUACUAUAUUCAAUCUUUGAUUUGGAAUUCCUUGUUAGAUGUGAAUGUAAACUAUUCUGAAGAGGACCACGACAAUCUCGAGGCUCUUUCAACGGAGGAACUCUACAAGAAGUUGCUCGAAGUGGACCCUGAUCAACCCCACCAUCCAAAUCAACGUAAACGGAUCCUUUCGGAUCUCCGUCUCUAUCAGGAGACUGGGGUUGCCCCCUCCGUGUUACGAAAGCAGCAAAACGCGAAGCGUGACAACGAAGAGCAGCUUGACAACGUGGUGAUUUGGCUCUCUUGCAAUGAAAAAACGUUGAAUGAUCGUCUCGAUCACCGCGUCGAUAAAAUGGUGGAAGCCGGCCUUCUAGAAGAAAACCUCAAUUUUAUAAAGCAGUUUUUGAACGAAAGCAACCCAGACCGGGGCGUAUGGCAAGCGAUCGGCCUGAAAGAAUUCAUGCCGCUGUGCUGGGACGCCGAACACCACUUCAAUGGCCGUUUGGAACUCAGUCAGCACGACGAGGACGUGAAGAACGCGCUGGACCGCGUGAAGAAAGACACACAGCAGUACGCAAAGAGACAAAUCACUUGGAUUCGAAAUCGGCUGCUGAGUCGAGUCAAACAUUUGAUUCAAGUGGACACGAGCCAGCUGGAUCGAUGGGAGGAUGUUGUGCAGAGACCCGUCGAGAACGUCGUGGAACACUUGCUGGAUGGAACUCUGCCCGAUGUGAAGGUGAACCAUGCGUUUUGGGAGCAGCAAUCUGCAUCGUUGGAGGCGGAGGAGGGUUGA